CAGAGCCAUACUUCUUCUAUACGCAGAAACACGCACAAUUGAAGACCAGUGCCCAUGCAGCGAGACCUAGCCGAUCGUUGGGCUCGCAUUCGAUACAUCGGAUAGCAUACAAGGACAAGAUUUAAGAGGAGGGGCUGACACACUGGGUAGAGAAAGUUUGAGGAAAUAAUUUCGAGAGGACGCGCGGAUAUCUGGAGACAUAUACGCUCGCUGAAUUUACGAUUAUAAAGCGCAUACGCCGAUCAUCAAACAAGCACGAUGCACAUCUCUCAGCAUCUCCGUGAGGCGGAGUCCUCUGGCAAGACGUCUUUCUCUUUUGAAUUUUUCCCUCCAAAGACGGCGCAGGGCAUUCAGAACUUAUAUGACCGUAUGGAUCGCAUGCACAGCUACGGACCCUGUUACAUCGACAUCACUUGGGGGGCAGGAGGAAGGUCUGCACACCUAACGUGCGAGAUGGUCAAAACGGCGCAGACAGCUAUCGGGCUAGAGACAUGUAUGCAUUUGACCUGCACCGAUAUGCCCAAAAGUAAGAUCGAUGAAGCACUCAAGCAGGCGCAUGAUGCAGGUUGUACAAAUAUAUUGGCACUGAGAGGCGAUCCGCCUAGAGAAAAAGAGAAGUGGGAAGCGACGAGCGGCGGGUUCCGGUAUGCGAAGGAUCUCGUGCGGUACAUCAGGCAGCAGUAUGGGGACUAUUUUGACAUUGGGGUUGCCGGCUACUCUGAGCGCUGUGACGACAACGAAAAUGUUGAUGAGCUGGUUGACCAUCUCAAGGAGAAGAUUGAUGAGGGCGCAACGUUCGUAGUGACUCAGAUGUUCUACGAUGCCGACUUGUUUCUUGAAUGGGUGAAAAAAUGCAGGAAGAAGGGAAUCAAGGUCCCGAUCGUCCCAGGAAUCAUGCCCAUAAGCACGUACGCUUCAUUCAUCCGUCGAGCCAAUGGCCCAAUGCGUUGCCAUGUUCCACCCAGCUGGCUUGAGGCUAUGGAGCCCAUCAAGAACGACGAUGCUGAAGUACGUGAGUUGGGCAGGAGACUUGUGGCCGACAUGUGCAGGAAGCUCCUUGCAUCAGGAGAGAUUCACAACUUGCAUUUUUACACUAUGAACCUCGAAAAAGCAACAAGAAUGGUUCUAGAAGAUCUCAACCUUCUGCCAGACGUUGAAUCACCCUUGCAGAAGCCCCUCCCCUGGAGACAAUCGCUCGGUCUCAAGCGCAAGGAAGAAAACGUGCGACCAAUCUUCUGGCGCAAUCGGGCACGCUCAUAUGUGUCACGAACACAAGACUGGGACGAAUUUCCCAACGGGCGUUGGGGUGAUGCGCGCUCUCCUGCUUUUGGUAGCUUGGAUGCAUAUGGCAUUGGUUUGAAGGGUAGCAGCGAACACUAUCGCAAGAUAUGGGGUGAGCCUCGCAGUGUGAAGGACAUUGCAGAUAUCUUUGCAAACUAUGUCCUUGGAAAGUUGGAGUCUCUGCCAUGGAGCGAAGCUCCUAUUACUGCGGAAGCCAAUUGCAUACGCAACGAUCUUGUGGACCUGAAUCGAAGGGGAAUAUUAACGAUCAACUCACAGCCUGCUGUAGAUGGCGUUAAAAGCUCGGAUCUUAUUCACGGCUGGGGACCAAAGAACGGCUUUGUGUACCAGAAAGCAUAUCUAGAGGUUUUGGUCUGCCCUGAGCUCAUUGCUGAGGUCAUAACAAGGAUCGAGAGAAAUCCAGACAUGACAUACUAUGCCGUCAAUAAAGUGGGAGAUCUAAAAACCAAUGCGCCAGGAGAUGGACCAAAUGCUGUGACCUGGGGCGUUUUCCCAGGCAAGGAAAUCGUUCAGCCAACGAUUGUUGAGACGAUUUCGUUCCUAGCUUGGAAGGACGAGUUCUUCCGCCUUGGUCAGGAUUGGGCAGAGUGCCAUCCGAACUCCAGCCCUAGCAGGUACUUGAUUGAGGACUUGGUGGAUACCUGGUUCCUCCUCAACGUCGUUGAUAAUGAUUUCCAUCGAAGCCAGGGGGUAUUCGAAAUUUUCCAAGGCUUGCAAGUUGCGGACAUUGAGAAACAGGUUCAUGAGGUGAAGGACCUACCUAUACGAACAAAUGGUCAGGUGAAUGGCGAACCGACGACGAACGGACAGAAAUCGGUCACAGCUAAUGGGGAAACGCGCGUGCCGUCCGCAGUCGCCACUUCCGAUUGACAUACCCAUCAUAUAUAUUUCAGCACAUUAUCGUUUGCAUUGGCUAUGUUUACAGCAUUUCAAUGGCGUUUCUCCAGUCUGGGCGCAGUCUAACCCGCCCAUAACUUCAACAUUGUAUUGGAAAAGGGUUGGCAUUUCAACAUUUGACAUGAGCGAAUAAAUUUCCUUUGCUAGUCGUUUAGCACUUAACGAACUAAAUAACAGCCCGCUUCAACCGGGUGCCGGAACAAACUCAUGAUAUAACGAAGGCAUUACAGUCACAUCAACUGCAUAAGAGUGGUGUGGGAAAAACGCAAAAGUAAUAUAUGCAUAUACCCAACGACAUCCUCAACGGUGUCGGGCAUCUUUGAUUUUUAUAUGAGGAUUUUGGUUUGCCUUUUUUUGGGUUGUGUGUUUGUCCUGCGGUUGUAGAUGGAGGAGUCGGGAAGGUAGGAACAGUGGCUUGUUACUACCAAAUCAAUAGUUGGUAUUCAAUCAAGACAGCCUUAACCUUUACUCGGCUUCUUGCUGCUUAUAUCUCUUCCAAUUCUUCAUCAUCUUCGGCACAUUGCUCAUCACUAUUGUAC